AUGUCUUUUGUCCGGCGGUUCUCGAGCCUCAGACCUGUGCUCUCCCACAUCGGCUCGGCGCCCAUCGUGAUACCGCCACAGGUGGAGUUUGAGUUCAUGAACCUGCUCGUCCCGAAGUUCGUGCCCAAAGGAGCCAAGUCCAUGAGACUCGACAGAGUGGUCACGGUGAAGGGACCCAAAGGAAAAAUAGACCUUGCGCUGCCAGAGUUUGUCCAAGUGCAAAGCUCUGGAGGCAGGGCCGCCGUCACCGUCAAAAAGCCAGAGGACAAGCUCCAGAAACAGCUCUGGGGAACCAUGCGUGCUCUACUCAACAACGGCGUCGUUGGUGUUACCGAGGGACACACCUCUACACUGAAACUCCAGGGCACCGGCUACCGUGCGAUGUUGGAGGACGUGGACGGUGUCAAGUGGGUCAAGAUGAAGAUCGGAAAGUGCGAUCUGCAGGGGCUUCCGAUUCCCGACGGCAUUACGGUCACGGCUCCCACGCAGACCCUAUUGAUCUUGGAAGGCUGUGACAAGCAGCAGCUGAAUCUCUUCGCUGCCAGUCUGAGAAACAUGCACCCUCCAGAGAGAUACAAGGGUAAGGGAGUGUAUCUGAACGGCGAGACCAUCAAGCUGAAGGACAAGAAGGUCAAAUAG